UGUAGGUAAGAAUUUCGAAAAGGUCUGUGAGUUGUGUCACAUCACUGUCAACAAAGUGAUGAUCUUUGAUGAUAAUGGAAGUAUGACCCCAGGAGGUUUGAGGAUAGGGACCCCUGCUAUGACAACAAGAGGCUGCCAAGAGAAUGAUUUUGAAAUGAUAGCAGAUUUCCUCCUUAAAGCAGCACAGAUUGCUAGUUCAGUACAGAAAGAUCAUGGAAGGCUUGCAAAGGCUUUCUUGAAGGACCUUGAGAACAACAAUGACAUUAUUGAGCUACGGACACGUGUUGAAAAUUUUGCUUCAUUGUUUGCAAUGCCUGGAUUUUAGUAUAGUCAAGCUGGAGGAAUUCUG